AUGGUAGAGGAUUGCGUCCAAAAGACGCAGCUGGAUAAGGCGGUGUGCAGCGCCACCGACCCUGCAGCGGUAAAAAACUCCGGCAUGACUUCACAGGAGGCGAACAGGCCAGCCCAGCUCCUCUGUAACCCGCUUAAACCCUCAGAAAUUCCCUAUGGAGUUCGUGCAGUCCUUCAGCUCGAGCAAAUUAGUGGCCUCUGCCGUCCAGCACAACUGCGGAAGUGUGGCGCUAUGUGGCUGGAUGAUUCGCAAACAUCCAGGUGCCUUUUGGGUCACAAUAGCAGCAUUGAGUUCCUCGAAACAGCUAGUGAAGUAGGGUUGGCUGCAACAGUUGAAAACGAGUCUGACCAGCCAGUUAUCCGGAUUUGGAAGCUUCCCCCUACAGUAUCAGACAGUGAAGAUAUUCGCUGCAUUGCGCUCGUCGGCUUAGACCACCUGGGCCGCCAGCAGCUUCAAGUGUGGGAGCUUCAUGGAUUGCUAACAACCGGGAGCCCAAACCUGCUUGCCCGCCAAGUGUCAGACUUCCAGAUCGAGGCACUCCGCAUAUCGCCGCUCGAAGAGCUGAGACUCGUCAGCUGUGGAAAAGAAAAUGUUCGCUUUUGGCGCAUCAAGAACGCGCAUUUGCCGGGAUGCAAUGUUGCACUUGAUGGUCUUGGAAGGGGAAGCCUCUUCACAGAUCUCGCGUUCGUACUGCCUCAGCAACUCUUACACCAAAGUCCCAUCUGGGCGAUAUCCACCGGCCCAGGCUUUUGCGUCACGGCCUCUGCAGACAAAACAGUAAAGGUGUGGCCUCUAAACUUCGCAACAGCAUAUUACUCUGCAGGGCACAAUGCGGCAUGCGUGGGUAUCGAGACCUCUCCAAACGGGCAACAAGUGCUUUGCACUUGUGCCGACAGUACAGUGGAGCUUUUUGACCUCACAAAGCAGCACCAUAUCCCGAUUAGCCGCGCACACCCAGCUCGCGUGCUAAGCGCCUCCAUCAGUGCCUCUCUAAGAGAGCUCUACACAAUAUGCGAAGAUAGUCUUGUCCGCGUAUGGAAUCUUCCUGAGCUUCAGCAGACGUUUGAGUUGGAGAGCCCCCACGACCCGCCACUCUGUGUGGCUGCCCAUCCCACCCAGCGCGUUGUGGCAUUGGGCUUUAAGAGUGGAUCAGUGAGGGUGUUGGCCGUUGAGGGGCCCACUGUAUGGAUGGAGGCUAAUCAUCAUACGCAUCCCAUUACAGGCCUUUGGUUUGUUGACAUGCCCACAGCUGCAUUUGACCAGGCGGAUACCCGAGUCCUCCCUUCCCCUUCUCAGCAGCAGGAGCACCAGAGACAGAGUAGCUGCAGUACAAGAAACGUCCCAAAGAACAGAAACAAGAUUCCCUGGCAGUGUUCCCUACUUAUUUCGCUCGACGCCAUAGGAUGCAUGUGCAUCUUUUCCGAGCUCCAUGAAUUCUCCCUCAUUCGGAAGCUUGAGGAUACCCCUGCAGAUGCCCCUCCAGAGGGGGUUCCAGCAAUUGUUUUUGCAGCUCAUGGAUGCAAAGCUGUUCAAUAUUGUUCAUCCCGGAAACUCUGCCUUUACAGCCUACCCAAUUUCGACUUUGAAUAUGCCCUGAAUCCAUUUUCUACAGCAUGUAAUUCCCUGAGUAUCACAGCUUUCAUCUUCUCAACGGCUGGAGACUCUCUCUGCGUCUGUGGAAGUGACUCGAAGAUGCGCCUCUUCACCUUGCAACAGGAAGAAGGCACAACUGUAUUGCGCCAGUGCCGCGUGUUUGCGCUGUUAAGCGGCCCCAUCAGUACUGCCUGGGUAUCUUCAGCUACACGGGUAGGCAGCGGCGUUCCGCCAGCAGCUGUAACAUGUGGAGCUGAUGACAGGCUAAUCAGGGUCUGGAGCUUGGCUGAAGAACCGCCCUCCACCAGAGAGGCGCCCAGUCAGAAACCAGGGGGAAUUGACUUGUGGGGCAAGAAGUCAGCGGACUCGGCAUUACGCCGCUGUUCCUGCACUGAAAGUACUCUGAAGCCCACUACAAACAACAGCAGCUCUUUUGAUGCUGAUGAUGAAGGCCUAAUUGUCACAGAGUUUCCUCAGUUUCACUCGUUCGCCGGCCACAACAAGUCGCCCUUCAUGCUGCAGGCUCUAGGGGACUACUUCGUGUCCGUCAGUGCCACGGAGACAAUCGUCUGGAAAGUGGGUUCCUCGAUUCUUAGCAAUGCAGCAGACUCAGUGCCUUUGGAUUGUUGCAAGCCCGUGAUGCCGCCACGAGAAGCUUCGCCCUCUUCCAAAAGGGUGCUGGGGGAAAGCGCCUCUCAGGAGGACUUUCACGAGGCCUUGCAGCACCUACAGCCCCAGCAGCCGCUGCGGCCUCAUCCCAAGCCACUGGAGCAUGCUAAUUUGCAACCGCUGGAACGGCCCUUGCCGAUGGGCUAUUGGGGACCUCAAGGAAGAUCAGCUCCAUCGGCCUCCUUGCGAACUUCACAAUGCGGAAGCCCGACAAGUUCAACUGCCCUAGUUGGCGCAGCUCAGCCGCAGCCGGGAAUGCCAAACGGAAAACAAUCUGCUGACGCAACUCUAGUGGCUGUGGCUUCCACACGUCAGCCAGUGGUCCCCCGUGCUUCGCCUGCAGCGGCAGUGGAUUCACUAAAGGCAUUGAAAAGGGAAGCUGGCACAAUAGCGGAGAUCGCAGCUGUCCAUACAGAGAACGGACCACUUGUAGCGACGUCAACCACCGCUGUUGACGUCACACCACCCAACAAGGACACGGGUAGAGAAGAAGUGUUAGUCGAAGGCGAAGAAGCGUCAGUGAAAUCCGGGAAUCUCUCGAAUGUUCAAGUAUUUCAGAGGACCGCUGAAACAAAAGGAGGCUUCGAGGCCAGUACACAGGCUGGAAGCCCCGUGAUGGUGUCUCAGGAUUGGCAAGAGCUCGCCAAUGAGCUGGGCAUUUUUGCUCAUGGUGCUGCUGCGCGCCAUAUCCUGGGAACAGCCGUAGCGGCAUGCCGCAGAGGCUGCCUAUGGAGACCGGUAAAGGGUGUCUUAGCCUACGCAGUUGGGCGCUGGAUUUUGAUAGAACGCCUUGGAACAGAUUCAGCCUCUCAGAAUGGUCGAUGCCUUGGUUUGUUGCCGACACUUCUGGAACGGGCGACACUAACGAACGUGCAAAAACAGGGGCCCCCGGCGGAGUCCUCGAUGCGACGAGGCCCUUUAGUCCACGGCACCCAGCCACAGCAUCCGCAACGGCAUAUGCGUCGUGCAAAGCAGCAUCCUAAAGAGUUGGUACAGCAAUGUAGACUGAAAUUGCGCAAGCCUCGAAUGGCUGUUCUCAAGCAUCCAGCAGUUGGCCGUUCAAUCGCAUUUUGCCUUGACAAGACUACCCGCGUAGCUGCCACCAUCAGCGAGAGUGAGGCAGCUUUAGGUAGCGGCUGUUGGGGCCUUUGCGUUUGGAAGACGGAGGGCUCUGGAGAGUUGCUGGGGGUAUCUCCCUUGCCAAGCGCCUAUGGAGCAGGAAGACCCUUCUCUCUCGAAACAGAUUCAGUGCAUUCCAUAUAUCCAAGUCAAGCGGCAGAAGGCCUACCUGCGGUGAUAUUCUGUGGAACCGAUUACAUUGUAACUGCCGGCGGUGCCGCAGGAGGUCGCAUGGACGUUUGGCGUGCAUCUGAAUUUGUAUCUGCACCAAGGCACUUCUCUUCUGUGCAGCCUAGAGGAAACGCUCCUGUAGAGGCAGCCCAUAGCUGUAGCGACACCGCACGGCAGGGCCUCGGCGCGUGUUGUUGCAGAGCCCGCUGCAUAACCUGCGGAAACGCCCUCCAUCUGGCAUAUGCUACGGGUUCAACCGCUCGAAGGAUCACGGUGGACCUGCAGCGACUUUCCGAGAUGCGCCAGGCUUUGGGCCCUCAGUCUCUUGAUAUGCGGCAGCACCCAUCCGUACAGUCUCUUUUUUUUGAAGCCCCCAUAAGCUCUCUACAGCUCGAUGCGGAUGCACAAGAGGGAAUCGCCACAAGCACAGAAAACACUAUAUGGUACCUCCACUGGGAGCAGCGCUCCCAAGUACGUCUUCAGUCAAGUCACAUACAUCCCAUUAGCCACCUUGCCGUCUCCCAUCAGGGAGCAGCGACAGCGCUGAUUAACGGCAGCGCAAAAGGGGCACGAAAAAUGCACGCGUCAUCAAGGUCGCGCUGGGGAGCAGCUCGCGCAAAGUCAGAAGGCAACGAUCCUCUCCUUGCUACUGCCGAUACAGGCGGAUCCUUAAGGAUUUGGAGUCGCUGGCCUCUCCCCCAGCAGCUAGCGAGUUUCUCGCUGCCCGAAGUGUGUACAGCUCUUGCAUUCCUUUGCUCUACUCUUCUCCUAGGCUCUUUCACCGACGGGUCUCUGCGGCUGAUCGACGCAGCGGCUUUUCGCAUCAUUGGCCGCCUACAGCUGGUCGUUCCCCAAGAUCCUCUUAUCGCAAUAGCGUGCCUUGGAGAUCGCCACGCAUUGCUGGCAACGGCUUCCGGAGAGCUCCUCUCUUUGGUCCUCGACUUGGCAUUUCAUGAUGGAGCAGAAUCAUGGCCGCGGAUCAAGCACGCGAGCGUUUCAAAGAUAACAAGUGCAAUAUUGGCGUGCUUUGGGUCCACAUUCACUCUCCAGAAACCUCUCGUUUUGGGGAGCAACUGCACCACUUGCCAUGAUUGCAGGUGCUCAGCACAAGACGGUCUCCACUCCCCUGAAGGCAUUCCUUCUUUGGUGGAAAGCCUCGUGGGGCAACGGCACGCCACAGAGGCCGCCAUGUCGGCCGUAGAUGCUCGAGUGCACUUCGCCUGGUGCCUUUCUGGGGGCUACUGCUCAGUUGGAGCUUACAUCAGGGGCAACGCGGACGCAAAAUGGAUGCUUUCCGUCUCUUCUUGUUUCGGUGUCCGCUUUUGUCCUGAGGGCAACGACAGCAUCUUGCGCGCCUCCGAUCAGCCAGCCAUUUCCCGUGCCUGCUUUUCCAACUCCAAAACCCUUCUUGUUGCAAGAGGGCAUUCUCUGUUUGUAUUGGACUGCAGAUCACAGCAGGUGACGCGCAAUUUGAACCUCUGUAACGAUCUUGGUAUCCUCAAGUUUCGAAUGACUGGACCCAUAGCCAUUUCAUCAAUUUGUUGCCCGCGAGAAGACGCCGCCAUCAUGGUCACAGAGAGUGGCGACAUGCUAUUACUGGAGGUGGCAGAGCUGCGCUUGACGUGGGUAGCGCACUACAAUAUCCACCCUGAUCUACCAAGAACCCCAGGAGGCACCUGCGCCAGUCCAAUAUCCAUUACAUCAUAUGCGAACGACGAGGUGGCCCUUGCCUGUGGCUGUGCCAUUAGCCUGGUUCAUAUAUCCUAG